AUGGGUGGCAUAACCCCUCCAGACCAGAUCGAGACUCGUCUCUUUAUCAAUGGCGAAUUCGUAAAUGCAUCAGACGGCAAAACCUUUGAGCUUAUAUCUUCGAAAGAUAACACGGUCUUGGUCCACGUUCAAGAAGCUUCCGAGGAGGAUACCAAUCGAGCUGUCGCAGCGGCAAAAGCCGCCCAGCCAGCAUGGGAAGAACUCACUGUUCAGGAAAGAGGAGCUUACUUCAAAAAGCUUGCUGCAUUAAUUCGUGAGCAUGACAGAGAAUUUGCUCAACUGGAAGCUUUGUCCAUGGGGCUUCCUGUCUCUGGUUAUUUCCAUGCCGCAGCAGCUGCCAAAAUAUUCGACCACUAUUCUGAAGCAGGCUAUACAAUCCAAGGGACAUCCAGCUUAGCCACUCCGGGAUUUGUGAAUUUGACGUUUCGUCAACCCUAUGGCGUCGUAGCUGCUAUAAUUCCUUGGAAUGUUCCUGUGUUGUUUUUCGCCAAAAAGCUAGCCCCUGCUCUAAUAACUGGCAACACAGUUGUAUUGAAGAGUAGCGAGAAGGCGCCUUUGACAUCCGCAAAAUUGGCAGUAUUGAUCAAGCAAGCUGGAUUUCCACCAGGUGUAAUCAACGUCCUGAGUGGACAUGGCCACAUCUCUGGUUCGAUACUGAGCUACCAUACGGACGUUCGAGCACUAAGCUUCACCGGAUCGACCAGGACUGGCAGACUAAUCCAGGAGGCAUCGUCAAAAUCGAAUUUGAAAGCUAUAUCAUUAGAAUUAGGAGGAAAGUCUCCAGCCAUCGUUUUCGAGGACGCGGAUCUUGAAGCUGCUGUAACGUCUACUGCCCACGGUAUUCAAUCAAACAGCGGCCAGGUAUGCAUGGCGAACUCGAGGAUCUACGUUCAGGACACUAUCGCGGACCGCUUUAUUGAUCUAUUCAAAACCAAAUUCUCAGAAAUUGCAAAGAUGGGCGACCCGACGUCAAGCGAAACCAGACAUGGACCACUUGUGGACAAGGCACAAUUCGACAAGGUUUUGGAGUAUAUCGAAAUGGGAAAGCGAGAUGGAAAUAUGAUCCUUGGACCAGAUUCGGUAUCCGCUGAUAAAGGUUACUUCAUCCAACCUACAAUCUUCACAUCGACGUCUGAAGAUUCUCAGAUCAUGAAGGAAGAGGUGUUUGGACCUGUCGUCAAUAUCAAUGUCUUUCACAGCGAGAAAGACGUUCUGGCCAAAGCAAACGAUACCGAAUACGGGUUGUAUGCUUCCGUUUUCACCAAGGACAUUAGUCGUGCAAUGAGAUUCGCCAAAGGGUUUCAAGCUGGCACUGUAGGUAUAAAUUGCAGCAGUCCUGUGACCGGGGCCGACACCCCAUUCGGGGGUUACAAAGGCUCAGGGGUUGGUAGAGAAGGUAUGCCAUACCACAGUCUGGACUUCUUUCUGGAGACCAAAUCAGUUAUUAUCAAGGUUGCGGGUUAG